AUGGUGCCAUCCCAGAUGAGUUGGGGUUGCGAGCAGGAGGAGUCGACUCCGAUGCCUGUGAUGUGGUACGUGCUCCCCGCGGAGGCGCAGAUGUCUGCCUACCCCGUGCAGGGCAGCAUGGGCUUCUACUCUCCGACUGCACCAGGGACCCAGGGCCCAGUGACCCAGGGGUCGAUGACCCAGGGGUGGCAGGCGCCAAUGCAGCAGCUGCCCCAGAUGCUGCCGUUGCAGCCCGUGCAGGCAGCGCAGGUGCAGUCCCCAUCACCCAUGCCGAUGCACUCGGCGCCACAGAUGGCAUUCUCAGCUUCGGAAGUUCCGAUGGAUGGGCAGUACGUACGCAUGCCCGAGCAGUGCUGCGUGCCACGAGUCUCCGCCUCCGCGGCGGAGGUGUCCACAGCCCCAUCGGAGGCGUCCUGCGACGAGGCUGACGACCUGACCGCCACGACCAUGAAGUCCAUGUCCGCCUCUGCGGCCCGGCGCCUGCGCCGCAAGCGCGCCGCAGAGCGCAAGGCGAGGGCCGGCGCGGAAGACCUGGCCCAGCAUGUGGACGUCUCAGGCCUUUCCCUGCGGGAGCUGCGCCCCCAGCUUGAGCAGGCGAGCGAGCUGGACCAGCUGAGAGGCCACGUCUGGGCUCUAUCCCAGGACAAGAAGGGCUGUCGUGUGGUCCAAAAAGCCUUGGAGGUCGCAGGCCGCGAGACCGCCGCCAUUGCAGGCGAGCUUUCCGGACACGUCUUGGAUGCCAUCAAGCACCCGGAAGCGAACUACGUGGUCCAAAAGGCCAUCACGCAGCUCUCCGUGGGCGGCUCGAGUUUCAUCGUGGAGGAGAUCCAGGGUUCGGCGGUGGCCGUGGCAAAAAACCGGAUGGGGUGCCGGAUCUUUUGCCGUCUUUUGGAGUUCUGCAGCACGAACCCCAAGCUGGGCCACCUCGUGGACGAGCUGCUGAUGGAUGUGUCGGACUUGUGCUGUCACGCCUUCGCGCACCAUGUCAUCCAGUCCAUCCUGGAGCAUGGCGAGGAACGGCACAUCCACAUCAUCGCCCAAACUCUGACUGCGGACGUCGUGAGGUUCGCACAGCACAAGAACACCAGCUACCUGAUCGAGAAGGUGAUGACCCUCUGCAGUUGUACCGAGCAGGACCAGGGAGCCAUGAUCCUCGCCUUAAACUUCCAGCGCCUGCUCUUCUUGGCCAAGACCCAGUAUGGCCGCCACGUCGCCAAGACGAUGCUGAAGGACCCACGCUGGUACGCCGUCUGGGCUGCAGAGGAGUUCGAGAGGCUCAUCUUCCCCUUCAGAGCUGGGCUGGAGGCCGACCGUUUUGGCAGCCUGUUUCUCAAGGACAUGGCACAGCCCACGCAUGAUUGA